CUUAAGGUAGAAGGUGGGUGGGAAAUUCUGUCACACGCUCUGCCUCCUCCCCGGGGGACCGGGACUCUUUACACCGACUGUCUCCUUUGCGGUGGAGCUGGGACCCACCUGCCAUUUCGGACCCUUUGCUGCAACCUGCCAGGUGGCCUUGCUGCUGAAGAGAUGGUGAGUUUCCCAGUGGUCCUGGACUCCUUUCGGCGGGUACCUCGGCCCAGCAGCCUCUUGCUCCUCGUCCACCUCCUCCUCCUCCUCCUCCUCCGGCCUGAGGCGCCAAACGCAGAGUUCCAGGUGAUUGGCCCUGAGGAUCCCAUCCUGGUGCACGUUGGGGACGAGGUGGACUUCCCGUGCCACCUGUCCCCGUACCGGGACGCAGAGCACAUGGAGAUCCGCUGGUUCCGGAGCCAGGCCUCAGAGGUGGUGCACCUGUACCGCGAGCGGCAGGAGCUCCCCGGGCAGCAGAUGGCGCAGUUCCGGAACAGGACCAAACUCUUCAAGGACGACAUCGCGGAAGGCAUCGUGAUCCUGCAGCUCCGCGGCGUGGUCCCCGCCGACGAGGGCCCCUACGGGUGCCGCUUCCUCUCCAGCGACUUCUCGGGGGAGGCUGUCUGGGUUCUGGAGGUAGCAGGGAUGGGGUCAGACCCCCACAUCUCCCUUGAGGGCUUCAAGAAAGGGGGCAUUCAGAUGAGGUGCAGCUCCAGUGGCUGGUACCCCAAGCCCCAGGCUCAGUGGAGAGACCAUCAGGGACAGUGCCUGCCUACGGAGUCCGAAGCCAUCACCCAGGACGCCCAGGGCCUGUUCAGUCUGGAAACAUCCGUGGUUGUCCAAGGGGGCGCCCACAGCAACGUGUCCUGCUCCAUCCAGAAUCCCUUCCUCCUCCAGAAGAAAGAGUUUGUGGUCCAAAUAGCAGACGUAUUUCUACCCGGACCCUCGGCGUGGAAGACAGCUUUCCUCGGGACGCUGGUGGGCGGCCUGCCGCUGCUGCUGGCCCUCCUCACCACGCUGCUGCUGUGCUGGUUUCACAGGGAACGGCGGUCCCGAGAAAAGCUGAAGGAGCAGGCGGACAGAGACAAAGGGAAACUCACAGCAGAGCUGGGGAAGCUGCAGACCGAGCUUGACUGGAGAAGGGCUGAAGGCCAGGCAGAGUGGAGAGCAGCCCAACAACAUGCAGUGGACGUGACCCUGGAUCCAGCCUCGGCGCACCCCAGCCUGGAGGUCUCCCAGGAUGGCAAGAGCGUGCUCUCCCGCAAGGCAGCGCCAGUUGUGGCAGGGCUGGGAGACCCGCAGCGGUUCACCAAGCAGACGUGUGUGCUGAGCCGCGAGCGCUUCCAGGCCGGCCGCCACUACUGGGAGGUGGAUGUGGGCCGGCGCAGCCGCUGGUUCCUGGGCGCCUGCCUGGAGGCGGUGGCGCGGGCGGGCCGGGCGCGCUUGAGCCCGGCCACCGGCUACUGGGUGAUGGGGCUGUGGAACAGCAGCGAGUACUUCGUCCUGGAGCCUCAGCGCGUGGCGCUGUCCGUGCGCGUGCCACCCCGGCGCGUGGGUGUCUUCCUGGACUACGAGGCCGGAAAACUGUCCUUCUUCAACGUGACCGACGGCUCCCACAUCUAUACCUUCACCGACAGCUUCUCAGGGCCUCUCUGUGCGUACUUCAGGCCCAGAGCCCCCGACGGCAGCGAGGACGCGGAUCCGCUCACCAUCUGCCGAUGGCAGGUUCGCACGACAUGCCUCCAGGAAGAGGAUGACGGUGACACCUGGGCACAGCCCUACGAGCCCUCGGACAUCGCCUGGCUCCAUAGCGAGGAGAUCUUCCUCUGGGAUGGAGGGAGCAUCGUUGAAAAGCCAGCAAAGGCGACAGACUGCGCAGCAGAAGGGGACAGAGAGAGGGAGUUGGUGGUAUAGAUGUGAACGUGUGUCUUUAAAAUUUUCUUUAAGAAAAGAGGCAAUUCCAAAGCUUGUCUGUGUGUAUCAUGGGACUGAGCAAAUGAGUAAGAAUGUACUGAUGUUGCCGGCACCGGGGGGUGCUCAGUGGGGAAGAGGGCAGGAAACUGGGAGGGGAAAGAAGGGGAGAGACCUGAGUGGAUUAAAG